GGAAAUUCUUAAACUUCUCUGUUCGCUGCGGUAUCCGUCUCUGAUGGGGAUCAAAAGAAUUAUCAUACUUGUGUUUUUUCAGUUCAUCAUCCAUCUCAGCGCUUUGGCUUCCGAUGAAGGAUGUAACACCAAUUGUUCAGCAUACUUUUUGACCAAAGAGAACAAGAGACUUACGGGCUUUGUCGUGCAACGCUUCGAGUCUCAAAGUUUGUUAUCAUGCAGUUUGACAUGUUUGCAGCAAUCAUGGUGUACCUCUAUAAACUUCAAGCUGAUUUCACUUGAUGCCAAGGGGAUCUGUGAAUUGAAUAAAUCGGAUUUUGAUAGUGACACAUGGAGCAACCUAAAUGCCGUCCCAGGAGUCAUUUUCUCAAAGCUCUUAAAGGACUCGGCUGACAGAGGAGGAAUAAGCAGACCACCGACACCGAAAGAAAACAUCACUCUUCAUUUCACAUGCUUGGGUUUCAUGGAUUUGUUUGCUGAUGGUGUAAGCAUUGGCAGGCACAAAAGUGAUGAUCCAGGGAGUCCCACAAAAUUUGUCAUUCCAGGAAAUACACGUGUUGUUUCGGUGGUAGCUAAGACCCAAAAGUUCAAGCGUGCCGGAAUUCUCGGCUCCCUUAGCAACGGACUGGUAACUAAUUCAAGCUGGAAAUGCAGUGACAGUCCGUUUCCCGGAUGUAAAUGGAUGAUGCAGGAUUUUGAUGACCGAAUGUGGCCGACAGCCAAAGAGAUAGUAUUUCACGGGCCAAAUCGGCCUACUCCAGUUCCUGGUAUAGUCCAGGGUGCUAAGUGGAUAUGGAUUGCAACAGGCUCUGGUCAUUUGCCACAGCCCCCUAUCGCCUAUUGCAGACUAAAUAUGUCAUAAAUCAUCGUUAAUAGUAUUGUGGAUAACAGAUAUUUUUUUCUAUGGCAAAUUUGGACUUGAAACCAAGUGGUGCCUUAUUUCGUUGGUAGCGCUCCUCUGUUUAGAAACGAAAUCAUUUUCUUCUGUCUUUAACCUCUAAGAUUGAUAAGCAACUAAUACAUAAUUUCUCUCGAGAGUAUCACCUCCAAAUCAAACGUUAUGGUAAGGUCGAGAGAAUAGAGGAAAUUAUUGCAAACCAAAGAAGCCCCUGAUUGUUAGACAAAUUUUUCAUGUAAGUACCAUAGGAAAUGUAGAAAUAACUGUCUGAAGAACAAGCUUACUAAUGUUAGGGUGUAAUGGCCGGGUUUAUAGAUAGAUAAAAUUUGGAAAUGACUGCCACCUUAUUAACAGAGAGUAAAGUUAUUUAAGCAUGUGCGGUAAAUAGCAAAAUUUUACCACAUGCAUGCCAUAGCGUAGUUCGUACAUAAAUGGAGUUUUUUCUUAAGGAGAAUAAAAUAUAUGAGCGCCGAUGAAGAUUUAAAACCACGUGAUCAUGACCCUCGCAUCUUCAAUUUAGGCCUUGUGUGAUUCUUACCCAAUAUAACGUGGA